UACAUGUGAGAGGUAACCUUUACUCUCUCUAACACUCUCUCUCUUACUUUCUCUCUCUUGCUUUCUUGUGUGUGAUGUUGAUGAGAAUUGCUUCUUCCUGAUCUCUUUGCCCCUGGCAUUGAUCCUUGGUUGUUUGCCUUUGUUAUCUUCUCCUUCCUCUUUUGGGGUUAUUAAAAGGUGGUUCUUUUAUUUUUGUUUAGAAAUUGGAAAAAAAAUAAAAAACCCACCUUUCGGUUCAGAUCUUAGGCUGUCUUGGGUUCAUCAAAUUUUGGGUGAAGAUGAAGAUGAAGCUUCAAUACCACAAUCUUUAUCAGCCUCAGAGAGCAGGAGCAUUGGCUGCUCUUUUGGUGCUGCUUUUCCCCAUUUUAUUGCCUUGUUUGUUCAGCCCACUGACUCAUGCUUACCCUUCAGUCUUCUCGGAAUGGAAUGCUCCGAAACCUAGGCACUUACGGCUUCUCAAUAGUGCUUUACAACGUGAAACUUCAAACAUGGAGCAAUCAGAUUCUUGGAAUCCUUUGGCGAACCAAGGAUGGAAACCAUGUGCUGAAUCAUCAGUUGUUCCUACGUUACCCGAGAAGUCUACAGGAUUUCUCCAGGUGUUCCUUGAUGGAGGAUUGAACCAGCAGAGAAUGGGGAUAUGUGAUGCAGUUGCUCUUGCCAAAAUAUUGAAUGCGACUCUUGUCAUCCCGUACCUGGAAGUUAAUCCUGUUUGGAAGGAUACAAGCUCGUUCAUGGAUAUAUUUGAUGUCGACCACUUUGUUAAUACAUUGAAGGAUGAUAUUAACAUUGUUAAAGAGCUACCUUUUGAAUAUUCGUGGAGCACAAGGGAAUACUAUGCUACUGCAAUCCGAGGUACCAGAAUCAAAACAGCACCAAUUCAUGCUUCAGCAAACUGGUACCUGGAGAAUGUUUUGCCUGUAAUAGAGAGUUAUGGGAUUGCUGCAAUUGCACCAUUUUCUCAUCGUCUGGCAUUUGACAACUUGCCUAUGGACAUCCAACGGCUACGCUGUAAAGUCAACUUCCAAGCAUUAGUUUUUGUCCCUCAUGUUAGAGCACUUGGAGAUGCUCUUAUCAGCCGCCUUCGAUAUCCUUCUGGCCAAAGCACCAAUUACCUAAAAGAGAUCACUGAUGCAAAUGAUAAACAGCAGGCUGGGAAAUUUGUGGUGCUACACCUACGGUUUGAUAAGGAUAUGGCAGCCCAUUCAGCCUGUGAUUUUGGUGGGGGAAAAGCUGAAAAAUUGGCCCUAGCCAAAUACCGACAAGUAAUUUGGCAGGGAAGGGUCCUUAACUCCCAAUUCACGGAUGAGGAGUUGAGGAAUCAGGGUCGUUGCCCAUUGACUCCAGAAGAGAUUGGACUGCUGCUAGCUGCUUUGGGAUUUGACAACACUACUCGUCUAUAUCUUGCUUCCCACAAGGUAUAUGGGGGAGAGGCUAGGAUUUCAACUUUGAGACAAUUGUUUCCGCUGAUGGAAGACAAAAAGAGCCUUGCUUCUUCAGAAGAACGGGCUCAGAUUAAGGGAAAGGCUUCCCUUUUAGCUGCAGUUGAUUAUUAUGUUGGCAUGCACAGUGAUAUCUUUAUAUCUGCUUCUCCAGGAAAUAUGCACAAUGCCAUGGUGGGACAUCGAACUUACAUGAACCUGAAAACCAUUAGGCCAAAUAUGGGAUUAUUGGGGCAACUUUUCCUGAAUAAAAGCCUCAGUUGGUCGGAGUUCCAGCAGUCAGUCAUAGCAGGGCACAAGAACAGACAAGGACAGAUCAGGUUACGAAAGCCUAAACAGUCCAUAUACACGUAUCCUGCUCCUGAUUGCAUGUGCCAUGCUUGAGGGAGAUUUAAGUGAUACGAAGGGGGUGAGAAUAUAAUUUAUCUAUUUCAUAUUCUGUUUCUACAGCUAGUGUUUUGUGCCUUGUGUUGUUGGUAAUAAGAAACAAUUCCACUGUCUCAUUCAUAGAACUAGAUUUGUUUCUGGCUAGAUGUUUGUGGGGGUUGUAUUGGGAUGGAAAUUUGAAGUAAAAAGAAAAAUGGUAUUCUAUUUGUCAAUGUCUUAUGGUUAUGGAUUAUGAUAAACAUUUAUUGAGAGUAAUUCUUUUUAGACUGGAACAACCUUGCGAUAUAUGGUUCAGUCGUUCGCAAAUGUGUGUGUUCCAAUUCUGUGUAUACUAGAUGUAUAUGCAAUCAAACAUUUGUUCAUCUGAAUUUGAUAUUGCAUUUACAUGCCCUGCCCAAUACACUUCUAUUUUUCAUUA